ACUGCUCCACUCAGCUCCACUACUAAACCACUCUAAAUUGACAAGUUUGUAGUUUUGGAGCAUCCAUUGGGGCAGAAGGUUCUUAUUCUUACCAAAUAUUUAGUUGCGCAGAAUGGUCGCCCCCCAAAAUAUGAUAAUGACACGACAGCGACGACGACGACGACGAAACUCAUAUCCGCCACUCCGUGAUCCGCACUAAUGUGAGAAGAAGAAGUAAAAGCAAUGCAAAAGUAAUGUUCUUACCUUUAGUUGGUCUUGUCAUGUAAGAAUCAUAGUUAAAGUUAAACUCAGUCCUGGUAGAGCAGUGAGCACAAUAAGAAUAGUUGGAGAGAUAGAGAUAGAGGAGUGUGAGGGUGGAAGUUAAGUGGAUGGAUGGAGUGCGUGAAUUUUCUGCGUGCAAAUUAAUUCAAAUUAGCAACCAAAGAACUAACGCACUUCCUGGUUUGGUUCAUUUCACUCCGAACGCACAGUAGAAAGAUUAGCGUUCGUGGUGUAGUGAUCUGGAUGUGGGCCACCAAAUAGUGAGUGGGUGCAAGUACGACAUUGUUCCGUUAUUUGGCCGGGGCAAUGAUGUCCCCAGUCUAGCAUAUUUCAAAAAAUAAGAAAAAAAUGGAAGAAACUUCAUCCCUCAGUGGAAGUUCUGGGUCAUCCGGCCUCUGCUUGGGGGUGGGGGGGCCUUGGUGGGGUCGGAUUGGAAGUGUCAUCUUUUUCAUAGCUUUCCUUCUGAUUUUUACAUCUUACGUGGCUCCAGAUUGGAUUGAAAUUAAUACGGGAAGGGCACCGAAGGAUACAACGUUUCGAAAGUUGGGCUUGUGGAUGAGCUGCUAUACAAAUUUGCAUGAUCCGUAUUACUACGAUCCAUAUCUUACGUCAGGAUUUGAAGGAUGUCGAUGGAUCUAUUACCCCGUGGUUUCCACAUUUCAUGACUUGAGGGACUUUUUACUUCCAUCAUUUAUCAUUCCGGUUCAAAUUACGUACACCCUCUGUUUCGUCACCGUGCUUGUGCUGUUCUUUAUGAUUCUGGUGUACAUAAUUCGCUACAAGAUUAAUGAAGUGGGGACGCUGCCGUAUCUUAUAGUGAUUGGGAUGAUGUUACAAGGAGCAGGUCUGCUCGGAACAAUUUCCGUAAUUGUUUUCGGAGCACUUUCCCGUUCCAGGACGUGGGCUCAUGAGUGGCAGUUCAAUGACUUAUCCUGGGCGUUUGCCGUUGCGGUCGCGGGCGUUGUGCUGCUCCACUUGGCCGGCAUAUUGUUCCUUGUGGAGGCGCAUUGUCAAUACAAAAAGCGUAGCAGACAAAGGAUAAUGCACGGUAGUUAUGAUUUGAGAAGUGGUGGGGCUUCAGGUCUCGGUUAUCAGGACGAGUUGAAGAAAAAAUUUGGAGAAAAAGCGUGACAAUCAGCCGCGGACUCGGGGGAAGGUCAAGAAGCCGGCUCCUCCGGUCCGCGGGGUAUCUUUUCUGGAUUGGGUGACCUCAUACCGCGACUCACUGCACGGGUGAGAGACAGUUUUUCAGAAGCAGUUGGUCGCGCAGGUGGUGGAGGGGAUGAAGUAAAAUUAGCCGAG